GUGGUAUAAAAACAAUAACAAAUAAAUACUUAAAAAUGGAUAGAAAUGCUAAUUCGCGUAACAAUUCUCUUACUGAUCGAAAUUCGGGCAAGAUUUUACGUAAAAUUGCAAUGGAUUUCUUCAUACUAUUUUGCGUUGGUUUCCUGAUCUUGGCGUUCUAUCUGUGGGGAACCCCAUACAAACGGGGCUUCUUCUGCGACGACGAGUCCCUGAAGCACCCUUUCAAAGACUCCACAGUCACUAAUGUCAUGCUCUACAUCGUUGGCUUGGGGUUACCAGUGUUAACUAUGUGUCUAACCGAAUGGAUCAGACUCCGGGACUACAUGGGCAGGUCUCGGCCAGUCUUCGGCAAGGACAUCCCGCCGUGGGUCUGGGAGGCGUACAAGGUGGUGGGGGUGUUCCUCUUCGGAUGCGCCUGCCAGCAGCUCACCACGGAUAUAGCGAAGUACACCAUUGGACGACUCAGACCGCACUUCUUUGAUGUUUGCAAGCCAGACAUCGACUGCGAUUUGCCCGCGAACAAGUGGCGGUACAUCGAAGACUUCAAAUGCAACGGAGCCGAUGUGAAGCUCAUGAAAGAGAUGCGGCUGUCCUUCCCCAGUGGUCAUUCUUCGUUCUCAGCUUAUACUAUGCUAUACUUCUCUAUGUACCUUCACAAGCGCUUCACAUGGCACGGCUCCAAGCUCCUCAGACAUGGUAUCCAGUUCGUCCUACUGAUGAUGGCCUGGUACACCGUCAUGACCAGGGUCUCCGACUACAAGCACCACUGGAGCGACGUCCUCGCCGGCUUCAGCAUCGGGUUGCUCUACGCUAUCAUUAUUUUCUGUUUCGUGUCAGACCUGCGCAAAUCAGUGCGCAUGCGCCCCAACCAGCGCAACGCAGAGUUGCACACCAACGGCAACAGCAACCACACCAUGGUGCACGUCUGACAGCCGGCGGCCGGACAGAGCCUCGCUGACCACGACCCCUGAUCCGAGCCGCCCAUCUCGUGGAUCUCCCACGAGUAUGAGUGUGAGUGAAGUGACUUUUAAGUGACAAGUUCACUAAAACAAGCACGAAAGUGACAUUUUCACUAUUGUAAGUACUAAAGUGACAUGUGCACCAAUACAAGUACACUAAUACAACCCACGGGUACCAGUGUGCGUGUGAAGCGAAUUUGAAUUGUGUAUACUUGAAAAUGAAACAUUAAAUUAAUUCUACAAUGUGCAAUUGAAGAUAAAAAGCGUGAAUAAUGUUUUUCAUAAUAUUACUGGAUAACUAUGUCACUAAUACAAGUCUUGCGUUGAUUCCGACGAGCGUUUCGACCGCCAUUACCAUUCACGAAAUUUCUUGAGGAAUUAAUUGUUUCUAAAUUCGUUGACAAAUAAAACUAACAUAGCUCCAGCAGAGAUCGAUUAUUUUAUCUGAUCUAUCAACAAAAAUGAUUCUAGCAUUUAUUAUUAUUUGAAUCCUGGAUCACCUAUGACACAUUCACAUGAGUCAUUGUAAAAUGAAUUCCGCAAUAUUCAUUUGAACAUCAAUAUUUGGUUAAGAAAUGUUCCAUACUUUAUUAGAUAUAUUGUGUUACAAAAUU